AUGGGUGACGCUCCAGCAGAGGGUGCACCACCACCAGAGGCUGCAGCACCACCAGCAGAAGGUGCACCAUUAGCAGCAGGCGUACCGGCAGAUGGAGGAGCUCCGCCGGAAGCUGCUCCGCCUCCGGCUGGACCACCGACGUUGAACAUCGACCCACCAGCUGCUCAGGUACCUGCUGCAGGCGGACAGUCUGUACACCAAAUCGCUAAUCCAAGUGGUGUCCGCUUGGCCUUCAAGGUAAAGUCGACGAACAAUAACGAUUACCGUCUGAAACCGGUCUAUGGAUUCGUCGAGCCGGGGGCAACAGCUCCAUUGGAAAUCACCCGUACAGCCGGACCACCGAAAGAGGAUAAAUUUGUCAUUCAGUUCAAGGAAGCAGCUGCAGAUGCUGCUGACCCCACGGCUAUUUUCAAGGGGGGACCACCGGUCGGGGAAGUUACCUUGCCUAUCAUGGCUCAAUAA